CGACAAUUUGAAACCCAGAAAAAUGCUUUCGUCCUCGCUGCGCCGGGCGGCCUGGGCCCCCAUUGCCCCUAUCUCAGGCGUCACUCGCGCCUCAAGUCAAACUCUCACCACCUCCGCGAACAACCUCACCGGCUCAACGCAGCCUGUGCGUCAACGGCGCUACUCCUCCUCCUCGUCCUCGAAUUCUAGCGAUGGCGCAAGGAAGCUGGAGUUGGAAGUGAAUUCAGGGAAGUCGACCCGUCGGAGUCGUAAGGACAAUGUCCGCACGGGCUCCAACAAGCAGCAGCAGACGGCAUUUUCCCGACUUCCCAGCGUUCCCUCGACCCAGCACCUCCUCCCGCAUGAUGUCCAGGUCGCUUCCUUCUUCUCCAUCCACCGUCCCAUCUCCGUCUCCACCAGCGUGCCCCCGACUUCCACCUCCGAAGCCUUCGACGCCAUUUUCACCGAGCGCAAGCCCGCCGUCGACGAUGUGAUCUCCACGCUCUCGUCCGCCGUCCACUCCAUGGAAGGCGAGGACGACCACAACCACUACCAGGCCGUGCUGCAGGAAUUGACCGACCGCAAUUUCCUCCAGCAGGGCCAGCAGGGCCAGCAACCCUCUCAGACCAUGAACCUGACCCUCUCCAUCGAGGAACUCACCAAGCGCCUGCGGCCCUUCCACCCUCCUCCACCCCCGGUUCCCAUGAACGAGAUUUCCGCCAACAACACCACCAACGAGCAGCAGCUCCUCCCCCCGACGACGACGACGACGACGGGUAACCACCACCACAACACGACGGAAACCUACUCCGCCGUCCUGACCAUCCACGAGUCCACCCUCCCCGAUGGCCGCAAGACCUACCAGGCCCACGCCGGCCCCUUCAUGCCCACCAAGGACAUGGGCGACCCGCAGGCGCCGCCGGAGAUCGUCGAGGCCUACAUCGAUGUCGUGGACCCCUCCGCCCACCCGGAGCUCAGCUACAUCGACCAGCAGGAUCAGCAGAUCAACGGCCCCAUGCAGGCCAUCAGCACAAAGAGACGCCGUCGGUUGAAGAUGAAGAAGCACAAGUUCAAGAAAUUGUUGCGGAAGACGAGAACCUUGAGGCGGAAGUUGGAGAAGUCUUAAAGAGGCUUUUUUUCCCUUCUCCAAACCCAAGAUAUGUGCUUUCUUUUUGCUCUUCAUUGUGUCUCGUUGCUUUGAUGAAUCCGGUUUCCCCUUUUCCGGUUUUAUUUUCCCUCCUCCCAACAACUUUUCGAAAGCAACUUUGACCUCUGGUUUCUCUGAAUAUCUUCCGUUUUUCUUGCUUAACUUGCAUGCAUCUAUCUUAUCUCUAUCUCCCUCUCCAUCAACCGACCUACUAGUCAACCAAUUC